CGCUCCUGCUCCGGGCGGGGCCGGCGGCGGCGCUUCCAGGCCGUGGGCGCCAGUGGUCUGCUAGCGCCGGAAGGGCCGGGCCUGCGCGCUCCGGGGACUUGCGGGCCGACGGCGCGGGCGCGGGCCCGGCGGGAGGGGCUACGGCUGAUCUGUUUUUCGUUUCCUCUUACACCCUUUCUCAGUGUCAUCCUCAACACCGGAAGGUGCAGCGGCAGGGCUACGGACAGACCCAGCCACUCUGCCCCUCUGUUGUGUGGCCACGAGGACGCCCAUUCCUCUCUGGACUCCACCCAUUAAAGCGGUUUCAGGCUCUUCGGCUCUAGAUGCAGAGCUUCUCAGGGUUGGCUGGAAGCCACAGCCCAGCCUCCUGAUGCAGUCUGAAUCCAGCCGGUGUGAAGAGGAAACUCCUUCCCUCUUGUGGGGUUUGGAUCCUGUGUUUCUAGCCUUCGCCAAACUCUACAUCAGGGAUAUCCUGGACUUGAAGGAGUCCCACCAGGUGCCAGGUGUAUUUUUUUACAGUGGGCAUCCAAUAAAACAGGUAGAUAUCUUGGGAACUGUAAUUGGAGUGAGAGAAAGAGAUGCUUUCUACAUCUGUGGAGAUACUGGUUCUCUGUUUCUCCAGGCAGUUCAACAAACAUUCACUAAGUUCCUACAGCAUACCCAGCUGCUGGCAAUGGAUGAUAGCACUGGAGUUAUAAACUGCAUCUGCUGGAAGAAACUGAAUAAUACCAGAUCCUCAUCAGCUGCUCCAAGUGCAAGAGAGCUGAGCUUAACCUCACAGCUUAAGAAGCUGCAAGAGACCAUUGCGCAGAGGACAAAGGUAGAAAUUGGGGACAUUAUCCGGAUCAGAGGUCACGUCCGCAUGUACAGAGGAGAGCGAGAAAUUUACGCCACUGCUUAUUAUAAAGUGGAUGAUCCAGUGUGCAACAUUCAAAUCGCAAGGAUGCUUGAGCUGCCCACCAUCUACAGGAAAGUUUAUGACCAGCCCUUCCGCAGCCCAGCCCUAGAGAAAGAAGAGGCACUGAGCAGCAAUCCAGGCACCCUGGACCUUGACAGUCUCACGUAUCUGCUGAGUGAAAAAGUCAAAGAAUUCCUUGUGGAGAACAGAGUGCAGACCUUUUACCAGCAGGAGUUGGAAACGGUGGAGUCCCUGCUGUCCCUUGCCAACCAGCCUGUGAUUCACAGCGACUGCUCCGGGCGAAUGGAUUUUAAGAAUGACACCACUUCCAAGGCAAUUCAUAGUAUAUUUAGGAAUGCUAUAAAGCUGCUGCAGGAAGAAGGACUUGUUUUCCAGAAAGAUGGUGGUUUUGAUAACCUGUUCUAUGUAACCAGAGAAGACAAAGAAUUACACAGAAAGAUCCACCAGAUCAUUCAAGAAGACUGCCAGAAACCAAAUCACGUGGAGAAGGGCUGCCACUUCCUGCACAUCCUGGCCUGUGCUCGCCUGAGCCUCAGCCCAGUCCUGAGUGAAACUGUGCUGCGGCAGGUGCUGGAGCUCUUGGAGGACCAGAGUGACAUCGUCAGCACCACAGAGAACUACUACACUGCGUUCUGAGGAGAGGCCGGCAGGCAGCACGAGUGGAGCGGGGGAGGAAGAGAACACAGGUGGCGUUCACUCCCGGGCUCUGAUUUUAACAUGGUGCUGAGGCUUAUAGGCCUGGUGGCAAUUAUCUCAUAAUAAACUAUGAAAUAUGGUAAUUUGAAGAAUGGAACUUGGUAUGAAUUCUGGAGGCUGCCUUCUGCCUGCUGUAUCCUGGGAUAAAAGACUUAUCUCAGCCACGACAUACAAGAAAACCCUUCUCAUCGGCCUCCUGGCUGGACCAAGCAUCACUCACAGAGCAGAAGAGGAAGAAACAGUGUUGAUAGCUGAACUGGUUGGAAGCUCUGUUGUGGUAAAGGGGCAUCCCGUGGAAAAGGCGCUUGUACUGCGGGAGCUGAAGAGCAUACAGAUCACGAGUUCAGACACUUUUUAAAACUUCAGACUAUCAGGUACUUUCUUGGUGUAUCUUGAUGGUUAAGAACCUGGUAUAGCGGACUAGUUCUCCCUGGAUGAGUGCCGCUGACCUACAAUUUCUGUGGGUCGAACACCAGUGAUGGGUCCAGAGUCUUGGGUUGAAUUCUGUCUACAGACCAACGCAUCGACGGGAAUAAACAGGAUCCAAGGCAUG